ACAACUAUUCUGCUGGCAUGUGGAAGUGUACCCAAGAGUCACGGAGAAAAUUGGUGUUUCAUUUGGAACCAUCGACAUCAUCUGUGACUACCUGCAUGUGUUGUCAACAUCGGAGUUUAUUGAUAAAAUUAAGCGGUUAAAGCAUACGACUUCAUUUUUUUUGACCUCUCCUUUCGUCAACGCUUACUAUGUGUGAGUUUGUAAAAUAGAGGUUACAAUUAUUAAUGUGGAAGGGCGAAACAACUGUCAGCAUGUCUUCAAUCAAAGGACUUAUAACGAUACUAGUUCUCACUGCUCCAUUCGUAUUCGUGAAGAUUGAAGGCACUGAUGCAACUUCAUAUUUACCCUUGUUCCAGAAGCACCGUCAUCUUCUUUCGAAGCUAUCGUACUACGAGGUAGUCAGACCACAUCGGUCUACGCAUAGUGGUGACUUCUUGAGCAACGAUCUUUCAACAACACAAGAAGAAAACCAAGACAUUUUCAGUACAGCAAAGAAAAUGAGUUUACGCGGUGAUGCCUUCCACUCUCGAUAUGCCAGGUCAUCCAAAGAUAAACCCCAACUCAACCAAAGUCAAAACAUUCAUUUCAGAGUCAACGCUUUUGGAGAGAAUUUCUUAUUGAACGUAACAAGAAAUCGAUACCUUGUUUCUUCUGGAUUGAGGGUCGAGCGAUUCAACGAAAACGGAACGAUUGAUACUUUCAGACCGGACAUCCUUUGCUUCUACGCUGGCAUUGUUGCCGGGCAGCCAAACUCCUCAGUUGCCAUAAGUAACUGCAAGGGAUUGAUGGGCUUCAUUCAAGCUGGGGAUGAGGAAUACUUCAUAGAACCUCUUGAGACUGUGACGAGCAGGUCAAAGGCUAAUGUGUCAGAAGGACAACUUCACAUUAUGUACAGAUCAAGAGAUUUGAAGAUGUGGUCUGCAGAACUGCAAACUGAUUUUAAAAUAAGUCUGAGGCGCGAAGCACCGACAGAGCCUGGAGGUAAACAAUCAGAUGAUGGCGGGAACUUCUUUCGUAGCAGACGGUCAACAGGCACCAACGACCAGCGGUAUUUCGUGGAAACUAUGCUGGCUGCCGAUCACUCAAUGGUCACUUUUCACGGCAGAGACGAAUUACCAACAUAUCUCUUGACCAUGCUGAAUAUAGUGAAUGAAAUCUACAGGCACAAUACCAUCACUGUUGACAUUCAGUUCGUUGCCACAAAGAUUGUCCUGAUAAACAAAGAAACUUCUAAAAAUCUGAUCGUCAAAAACCGCUACAAGCGAAGCCUGACCAACGUGCUUGGUUGGGUUUCUUCGCUUACUCCAAAUGGCGAGUUGUAUGGUGUGGCUGACUACGUCUCCUUCUUGACUCAGUUGGAUUUCGGACCAGCAGGUUUCGCUCCAGUGGCGUCGAUGUGUGACAGUUUCUGGAGCAGCUCCAUAACUCGUGAUCAAGGGUUGUUAUCUUCAUUUGUUAUGGCACAUGAGGCCGGCCACGUCCUGGGGUUGGAGCAUGAUGGAGACGGAAACUCUUGCGUGAUGGAGACCUACGCACGCUCCAUUAUGAAUACAUUAGUAAUGGCAAACUAUGGCGACUACUACUGGUCUAACUGCAGUGCCGAAGCACUCGAGAGACUAAUCAAAAAUCAUCGGUGCUUGGAAAAUGUUGUCUUUGAAACCAGCAGUCUGCUCGAGCAAGAGGGCUUUCCUGGGGAGUGGUACUCUCUCGAUGAGCAAUGCCGGUAUACGUUUGGCGGGAAUUCACAUCAGUGCGGAAGGCCAGAGGAUUAUUACAUUUGCUCCAUGAGAUGUACGGCGGAAAAUAACCCAGCCAUUUGCCAUGAGUAUUACCUUCCAGCCUUAGACGGAAGCGGUUGUGGCACUGUCACACAGUGGUGUAUGAACGGUGUUUGCAUGAACAAGCCAACAAGUCGAAAUGGAAAAUGGAGCCAAUGGUCUGAUUGGAGCGAGUGUUCUCAUGACUGUGGCGUAGGUGUACGUACGAGACAUCGACACUGCGACAAUCCAAGACCUGCCUUCGGAGGAAAGGAUUGCAAGGGGAAAUCGUUCCAGUUUAAAGUGUGCAACACACAGCCCUGCAAUGUAUGGGUGGACAGACGUGCUGAGCAGUGUAGGGACCGCCUAUCUACUGUUCUGAUAAACGCUAAACAUCAAAAUUGGGUGCCUCAUGAGGAUCGCAAUGAACCCUCUCAAUGCAGACUAGUAUGUAUGUCGGAGAAGACGCUCGACAUUUUGCAUACUCCAUACAUUGUUACUGAUGGCAGCCCCUGCUCUUACAAUGACCAGCAUAGCAUCUGUGUAGGUGGUGAAUGCAAAAAACUAGGAUGUAACAAGCGGGUUGGUUUUCCCAUGACCGAUGAUAAUUGCGGGACAUGCGGCGGAGACGGUAGUGAUUGUACCUUUAUCAGCAAAACCUUUACUGCUUCAACGAAAAAGAAGUAUCAGAGGGUAGACGUUCUCCCAGCUGGUGCUUGCAAUAUUGAAGUUACAGAAAAAUCCAGGACUAAUCAUUUUCUUGCACUUCGCCGCAGUUCUGACAAAACCUAUAUCUUGAACGGUGGUCGGAGGCGCCGAGGUUUGCCGGAGUUUGUGGCUGCUGGUGCGCUGUUCGAGUACAACAAGAAUAGUGAUCAUCUCAGAUCCAAGGGGCCGCUCCGAAGGGAUUUGGAUUUUCUGGUGUAUUGGACAAAGGACAAAAGGUCCAUCAAUAUUACCUACAGCUACUACGUUCAAAGUUCGGCUCAGCUGACAACUAUGGUUACACCGCAAAAAGGGCCAUAAAACGGGGGAUGGGGACAUUGCCUCCAAUUACUUCCAAAAGCAGGGAAGGAGCACUAGUAAUAAAUAUUUUGGCUUACGUCUUAUGUAUAUCAUGUAUAUUGUGGGCUUGCAUGCCUUAUUAUCUGUACGUUCAAAUUAUGCAUAUCUGUUCACCUCCUUUAUUUUGGAAAACCAAGACAGUUUUGGGUUCAUCAGGUUUGUAAACAGCUAACACAUCGCUAACACUUUCCUUGGAACACGGGAACUGAGGUUAAUGUGUCUGCGGGUUGACCUCUUUUAGGAUUUCUAUAAACAUUAUUUUAAAAAGGGUGUCGGACUUUCUCAAGAAACAUUUAAUUUAGUCUUAAAAUACACAAAGAUCAUUUGGCUACAUUUUAGUGGUCAGUCUGAUACCUUUGAAACCAGAAAGGGACUUUUGUUCGGUCAAUUAUCCUCACCAGCCACUGGCCGGCUCUAAAUAAUGUGUAUUGCUUUCAAAACUCUCUGUCAAAUCAUAUGUCAGGUUUAUUUCAAAUCAGAUUAAAGGAUCCAUGAAACGAGUUUUUCCUAGAAUCA